UUCGUGUCACACUACACUGCUAAUUCUCACGCACAUCAUCGAUUGGUCAGAUCCAGUUUGGAUGUGGAUCAGAUAAUUAGAGCCUGUGACUGGCAGACAGUGGGACAUCGAUAUGGAGAUUUGCCGAGUAAUACAACACAGACUUCUGGAUCUCGUUACCGUCGUGGAGAUAUAGCUGAUGUUACCGGCUGUCCCGCACCACCGUCCAUAUCCCCACCCCGGAAAGUGUGCCCGAGUUACACUGUACCUCAUAAUCAAGGUCGUCGUUCUGUUCAAGAGAGUCCCACAGAUGACAAUGUAUUAAUUGAUUCAACAUUUCAGACCAAAUCUUCCUCAUUGCCUUUCAGCUCUACUGCUGAAGACCUUUUGCGACAUAAACGAACGAGUAUGGGAAAUUGCCAUUAUAAGCAUGUCCUCUUUGUUAUUGAUGUAUCUGGCAGCAUUGGUGGAUCAAAUUUCAACAAAGUCAUAUCUGCACUGGGACAACUGGUUCCUGUUCUCUGUGACCGCACCAAAGUAGCUGUUAUGACCUUUGACCACGAGUACUUCAUUGAAUUCUGCUUUAAUAAAUAUGACGGCAGCAGUUGUGGACGAGCCCAUGCUACCAAUGCUAUAUGUUCCAUCCCGUACGUACAUGGUACAGGAACUCGGUAUACCCAUACUUCUGGUGCUAUACAGUGUGUUUGUAACGACAUACUUUAUAACUGUGGAAUGGUACAGGGCUGCCAGGAUGUUAGGGUUGUAUUCUUCACUGACGGAGGUGCAAAUGGUCCAGGAGGACCGGAACGUGUGUGUCAGGAAAUGGACUGCCUUAGAUGUGAAGAUGGUAUUGAAACUUAUGCUAUCGGCGUUGGAAACCCUCAAAAUAUAGAAUGUAUGACUAAUACUCCAAACAUGAAUCGCCCCUGGAGUUUCUCAAAUUUUGAAGAAUUUGAAAAUAACUUCCACAUACUUCAGGACAUGCUCCUUUACGACUAUGCUAAUUAUCCAUGUGUGCCUCCAUGAUGGCCCAGUUACGAACAAUGUCAAGAGAGUUAUAUAAGAACUUAUGAACAUGGGACAAAAAUUAUAGUUUGAGUAGCUUUAUAGGUUGUCGUAACAUGCUGUUUGUUAGUGGACUUUAUAUUGCGCACGCAACUAUACUGAUGCUGAUGCUGUA